UGUGAGUAUCCUAUUGGUUAUCCCCCUUUUUCUCAUUAAAUAUAUGCAUAUACAAAUAUAUAUAUGUAUUGUGUGAUAUUAGAUAUCUAUAUAAUUUCAUUAUCUAUUGAAUUUUUUCAUUUUUGAGGAAAAUGUUUCCAACAGGUUAAAGAGGUGAAGUAAUGAAAACAAUCUGGGUUCCCCCAUGUGGGAAACUAACUUUUACCUGCAUCAUUAAGCCCCGACCCGGGUUAACCAUAUUAAUAUUCAGUCAUGUUUCCGCAUAUUGUGUCAGAGGUGACGGCGAGCAAAAACGGACAAAAUGAGAGAUUAUGGGUUUUCGGUUUGAACUGAGAACGCACUUGCUUUGCUCCGAGAUGUCCAUAUAAGCAUGGUACCCUCUCGUUUCCGUGGUCACUUCCUGUGUUUUCUCUCGUCUCCCUGGUUUGAACGUGCCUGCCAGCGUUCAUCCAAUGAUAUUGGUCCACAUGCAGCGCAGGGAAGAGGGGCAGCAGAGAGGCGCUUUCAUAAAAGCAGACUGUCGGCGCCGUGCGGAGCCACAGGGAGCUGCGCCACCGUGAGCCGGGCUAAAGCAGGGGGAGCACAGGGAAGGACGGCCGGACACCAAUGCGGAGCACCACACCGGACUCUGCCGCAGGACACCUUCCACCAUUUUCGGACACAAGCGGCCGCACAGACUAACCCCCCAACCCGGACAGGACAGAGGAAUUUGGCUCUCCUGGAGGAAAAACAAACAAACAAAACAAACAACAACCCGUCAUUCUUGUGAAGAAUAUCUCAAACAGGGUCCAGAAGGGGGGUGGGGGGGGGGGACAACGUAGUCCAUCCUAAGACGGUGCUCGUUCCGGGCUCACCUUUUCGGCUGAAGCUGUGCGGGAAGGAGCACGUCCGUCCGCCCGCCAUGGAGAACGCUCACACCAAGAGUGUGGAAGAAGUUUACGGCCAUUUCUGCGUCAACGAGAGCACAGGACUUUCCCUGGACGAGGUGAAGCGCCAGCGGGAGAAAUGGGGCCUAAACGGGAAAUCUUUAUGGGAGCUCGUCCUCGAACAAUUUGAAGAUUUACUUGUUCGAAUUCUCCUGCUGGCAGCCUGCAUAUCGUUCGUUCUGGCCUGGUUUGAGGAGGGAGAAGAAACCAUCACGGCAUUUGUGGAGCCUUUCGUAAUUCUGCUCAUCCUCAUCGCCAACGCCAUCGUUGGGGUUUGGCAGGAACGCAAUGCCGAGGACGCCAUCGAGGCGCUGAAGGAGUACGAGCCGGAGAUGGGGAAGGUGUACCGGCAGGACAGGAAAACCGUGCAGAGAAUAAAAGCCCGGGACAUCGUGCCCGGCGACAUCGUGGAGGUGGCUGUUGGAGACAAAGUGCCUGCUGACAUCCGCAUCUGCUCAAUCAAGUCAACGACUCUGAGGGUGGACCAGUCUAUACUGACAGGUGAAUCUGUGUCCGUCAUCAAACACACCGACCCCGUUCCCGACCCUCGAGCUGUCAACCAGGACAAGAAGAACAUGCUGUUCUCUGGCACCAACAUCGCGGCGGGGAAGGCGGUGGGCGUGGUGGUGGCCAGCGGCGUGAACACCGAGAUCGGUAAGAUCCGGGAUGAGAUGGCGGCCACGGAGCAGGAGAAGACGCCCCUGCAGCAAAAGCUGGACGAGUUCGGCCAGCAGCUGUCCAAGGUCAUCUCCAUCAUCUGCGUGGCCGUGUGGAUCAUCAACAUCGGCCACUUCAACGACCCCGUGCACGGGGGCUCCUGGAUCCGCGGCGCCGUCUACUACUUCAAGAUCGCCGUGGCGCUGGCGGUGGCCGCCAUCCCCGAGGGCCUCCCGGCGGUCAUCACCACCUGCCUGGCCCUGGGCACCCGCCGGAUGGCCAAGAAGAACGCCAUCGUGCGCAGCCUGCCCUCCGUGGAGACGCUGGGCUGCACCUCCGUCAUCUGCUCGGACAAAACGGGCACCCUGACCACCAACCAGAUGUCCGUCUGCCGGAUGUUCGUCGUCAACAAAGCUGAGGGUGACAGCUGCUCUCUGUCCGAGUUCAACAUCACCGGUUCGACCUACGCUCCCGAGGGGGAAGUGUACCAGGACGGCCAGCAGGUGAGGAGCUCCCAGUUCGACGCGCUGGUGGAGCUGGCCACCAUCUGCGCCCUGUGCAACGACUCCUCGCUGGACUUCAACGAGGCGAAGGGCGUGUACGAGAAGGUGGGCGAGGCCACCGAGACGGCGCUGACCUGCCUGGUGGAGAAGAUGAACGUGUUCGACACCGAAGUCCACAGCCUGUCCAAGAUCGACAGAGCCAACGCCUGCAACUCGGUGAUCAAACAGCUGAUGAGGAAGGAGUGCACGCUGGAGUUCUCCAGAGACAGGAAGUCCAUGUCCGUCUACUGCUCCCCAAACAAGUCCCGCUCCUCUGUGGGCAAGAUGUUUGUCAAGGGGGCGCCGGAGGGUGUCAUCGACAGGUGCACCCACGUCAGAGUGGGCAACAGCAAAGUUCCCCUCACCCACGGCAUCAAGGAGAAGAUCACGUCUGUGAUCCGCGAGUACGGGACGGGCCGGGACACCCUGAGGUGUCUGGCCCUGGCCACCCGGGACAGCCCCCCCAGGAUGGAGGACAUGGUUCUGUCCGACCCGGUCAGGUUCGCAGAGUACGAGGCCGACCUGACCUUUGUGGGCUGCGUGGGCAUGCUGGACCCCCCCCGGCAGGAGGUGGCGGCCUCCAUCAAGCUGUGCCACCAGGCCGGCAUCCGGGUCAUCAUGAUCACGGGGGACAACAAGGGCACCGCCGUGGCCAUCUGCCGGCGCAUCGGCAUCCUGGCCGAGGACGACGACGUGGAGCGCAUGGCCUUCACCGGACGCGAGUUCGACGAGUUGGCGCCCGCCGCCCAGCGGGAUGCCGUGACGCACGCCCGCUGCUUCGCCCGCGUGGAGCCCUCCCACAAGUCCAAGAUCGUGGAGUUCCUGCAGGGAUUUGACGAGAUCACCGCCAUGACGGGAGACGGCGUGAACGACGCCCCGGCUCUGAAGAAGGCCGAGAUUGGCAUCGCCAUGGGCUCCGGCACCGCCGUGGCCAAGUCGGCCUCGGAGAUGGUCCUGGCCGACGACAACUUCUCCUCCAUCGUGGCGGCGGUGGAGGAGGGCCGAGCCAUCUACAACAACAUGAAGCAGUUCAUCCGCUACCUCAUCUCCUCCAACGUGGGCGAGGUGGUCUGCAUCUUCCUCACCGCCGCUCUGGGCUUCCCCGAGGCCCUGAUCCCGGUCCAGCUGCUCUGGGUCAACCUGGUGACGGACGGGCUGCCCGCCACCGCCCUGGGCUUCAACCCCCCCGACCUGGACAUCAUGGAGAAGCCCCCCCGCAACGCCAAGGAGCCCCUGAUCUCCGGCUGGCUCUUCUUCAGAUACCUGGCCAUCGGAGGGUACGUGGGGGCUGCCACGGUGGGGGCCGCCGCCUGGUGGUUCACGGUCUCAGAGGACGGGCCCCAGCUCACUCUGUACCAGCUGAGCCACUUCCUGCAGUGCAGCCCAGACAACCCAGAGUUCGACGGCUUGGACUGCCACGUCUUCGAGUCGCCCUAUCCGAUGACCAUGGCGCUGUCCGUGCUCGUCACCAUCGAGAUGUGCAACGCUCUGAACAGCCUGUCGGAGAACCAGUCGCUCCUGAGGAUGCCCCCGUGGGACAACGUGUGGCUGCUGGGGGCCAUCUGCCUCUCCAUGUCACUCCACUUCCUCAUCCUCUACGUGGAACCCCUCCCUGUCAUCUUCCAGAUCACCCCUCUGGACACCACCCAGUGGAUGAUGGUGCUGAAGAUGUCCCUGCCCGUCAUCCUCCUGGACGAGGCGCUCAAGUUCUUUGCCAGGAACUACUUGGAAUUCGGUAACCAGCUGGAGAAGCCGGCCCCCAGGGGCUGCUCCCUAUCUGCAUGUGCCGAGGGCAUCUCCUGGCCCUUCGUGGCCGUCUCCCUGCCCCUGGUGCUGUGGAUCUACAGCACCGACACUAACGUGUCCACCAUGUUGUGGCCCUGACUGACCCCAGCACGCCCCCAACCCCCUCGAGCACCCGUGUGGAGUGGACAUUAACACACACACACACACACACACACACACGUCUAACACGGUUACAUUAACUCGGAUUAAUCGGAUCUGUUGCAUUUACAUGUUCACUGAAGUAUAUUUUUGGGUGGGGUGGGAGGUUUAGUCAUAUUUUCUUACCGAUUUGACAUCUUAGAGUAUUAUUUAACCGGCACGCCUCCUAGCUCUGUGGCUCAUGGUGAGCAGUUAGAGACAUGUUGGAGCCGUGUGUGUUCAGCUGUACAGAGAAGUCUCACUAUUUUAUAAUAUUAAUGUUUUGUAUUGUUUUGCUUCGGGCGGCCUGGGGCUCGAUGACCCCGGCGCGUCACCGGGUCGAGGGCGGAGAUCCCCUGGCGUUUGUCCCUUUUGAGCUCCUGGCAUGGUUUCUUAUCUGGUUGUUUUCAGAGUGCGGCCACAUGGGGGCUGCUUAUGAGCAGAAAAAGCCGUCACAGGUGUCCCUCUAGACUGAACAGGUUCCAAUCUGAGAGGGUGUUAAUGGUGGAAAAACGAUUGAGCUGCUGGGAGGGUCUCCUGUGACCCCUCCUCCAUUCACAAACAGCUUCCCCAGAUCAACCUUUUCAUUAAAGUCUAUUUUUUGGUUGUUUUCCAUUUGGUUUUUGCACCUUUGCACCAGGAAGAAAAACGUUCUAACCAGGGUCUAACUUAGACUUGUCUCUUUGUAAGGUCUUACUAUGGCACACACACACACACACACACACACACAGGCACCUCUUUAAACCAAGUGGAGUUCUCCCAAGUUAUCUAACUUCCCUGUCCUCAAACUCCUUCUCCUAAAGACAUUCCCAGAGCGGCCGACUCCUUUCUGGAGCUUUGCGUUUACGCCCGGGUCUCAGACAGUCCCCUCAGACAGGGGCAAAACAGGAAGUCCUCUAAGGGAGCUUUCAGCCCAGGACAGUUUGGAGGACUCAGACUGUGGAUUAAACCACCUGAAGUGCCCCAAACAGGAGGGAAAAAAGCUCAGAGAAUAAGCAGAAACCCCAGCAGAGUGAUGCCCGAACAGCGUCUUCUUUAGAGACACUUUCCCAGUUUAACUGCACCCUUUUCCACUUAAACCCCACUUGUUUGGGGGGGGGGGUUCCAUCAGCUAAAAGCACCUGAUCGUAGAGGGAAAGAGCUGAAAAGAGGACAAGAAGAAGCACACCCAGAGCCCAAAAUUCAGCCGGCUCUUUCACAACAAGUUUAUGCAGCGUUUGGAUUUCUGUUUGGUUUAGAGGAAGGAAAUUAUGCUCGGGUUAUAGUUCGACACACGACUGUAUCAGGCCUCUGUGCUUAUAGCCUGACCCCCUCUGACCCCACCAAAAUCUGGUUUAGAAUCUUUCAGAGUAGAGACUAAAGCUGGCUGCUAUCAUUCCAGCUCUCAGGAUCACCCUCCCCUGGAUGACUGAGAACCUCCACCAACACACACAUUUUUAUGUUUUUUUUUUUAAACAGAACCUCUGUUAUUUGAGGGUAGAGAGGACAAAUACUCACCAGUUUGAGCAAUUUUUUGAUACAGCCUGUUGUUAAAAUUCUGUACUUGAAGAGCGCUUUGAUUUUUAGUUCAAAUAUUCCGUUUUUAUUCUCGAUUUUUUUUUUUCCAUCUUAGAAACGCCUUCCUUUGUAAUGUAUGUAAAAAUGUGCACAUACUGUACUUGAAUAUGUAAGAAAACAAAACCAACAAAAGAAAAGAAAAAAAAAGGCACCAGGAAGCUGUUUCGACUUACCAACGGAGCACAAACGCGAACAGCUGCUUUGUAAAUGUGUACAUAGCACAGAAAAGUAGAGUCUAAGUGUUUAUACGUGGCUGUCGGGAUGUUCUGUGCGUCCGCAGCUUCUUCAGGCCCAGCCGCCGCCUUCCUGCAUGCCCGCUGACAGCGCCAGCUUCCUGUUUCCCUCCUCCACCUGCAGACUGAGCACACCUUGAACUGCAUGCACACCCCUUUGGGUUUUCAGGCUAUGGGGCUGGAACUGUGUCCCAGCAUGAGCUUUUUUUCCAUCAUUUUCUGUUAUUUUCCUCUGGCUUUGAUCUCUUGAGCUCUUCAAUGAUUUGUUUCCCUCCUUUUCUUUCUUUCUUUUCUGUUAAGUGUCCCCCCUCACAGCGAAGGCCAAGUAAGCCCGGCCCUCCUGCAGGAAACCCCGGGUGUUGUUUUGUGGUGUGCAUGUGUGUUUUUGGGCGGCCCCGCCGUGCAGGAAGCUGCAUGCCGCAGCGCGAGCGCCACCACGGGGGGCUCGUUAGGUUCAAGCCCGGUGCGGCAGAGAGGCCAGAAAUGAAUGUCUGAUUGGAAAACAGCCGGUCCCACCUCAUCAGUCCUACCGUCCUCCUGCAUGAAGAGCCUCCGGUCGCAUUUUCCUUGCUGCAUGCCAGCAGACUUCUCUAAUAAGCAGCGUAGAGUAGAUUAGACGUUCCUCAGAUAGUACAAAACGCUAAUAAGCUCAUUUUCCUACCGAAAUACUUUUAUGGGGACAUAAAAAAAAAAAAGAAGAAAUAAAUAUUUUCCCCACUUUGCACUGAGAUUUUCCACAUGUUCGGAGAGGAUUUUGCCACAUCUGGAAGGCGGACGUGCGGUGAUGUGGAUGUUUCACUGUAAGAUCGGCGGCUGUCCCCUCGACUGGCAUUUUGUUUUGCCAAACUGCUGUACUGUAUUUUCAGAUGAUUGUACAACGUAUCACAUGAACUGUUUCAGGUAAAUAAAACUGUCAUACAUGAGGAGUUUAUG